AUGUCCACAAAACCUCAAAGAGGUGUGAAUUGGAGGCUCGAAGAAGAUGAGGCAUUGUGUAAAGGGUGGGUUUCUGUCAGUGAAGAUGGGGCUAUUGGCACCAAUCAAGCAAGCGACACAUUUUGGAAGAGUGUAUAUCACAAGUUUCUGGAAAAUGAUCCGGGCAUUAGUGGACCCGAGCGACGAACAUAUCAAGCCAUUGCUUCUCAGUUCAAGACUAUCAACCAACAGUGUUCUCUUUGGAAGACAUGCUUGACUAAGGCCAAUACGAACCCACAAAGUGGCUCAAAUUUACAUGAUGUGGAUGUGUAUGCAAAAACAAUAUUUCUUAAUGAUAAUAAGCCUCCAAAUAGGCAUUUCAAGUUGUAUCAUGCUUGGAAAAUCUUAAAAGAUUGCCCAAAGUGGAACGAUAUAAAUGAGCCUCCCGCACAACGUUCUUCUGGAGCUAGUGCAAGUAUGGUGAAUUUGGAUAAUGAUGCAGACGAAAUCACCAUGCCUAGUCCAAGGCCUGAGGGGAGAGAUAAACAAAAGGCUGCAAAAAAAAAGGGGAAGAUGGCUGACCAUUCUCAACAAAAAAGGGAUAAGUACUUGAAAACAUUAGUGGAGCAAGGUAUUGCUUUCGAGGAUGAUAGGAGACGAAAGCUCAACAUAUUGGACAAGUUUGCCCAAGAUCAAGCUGAUGCUUAUGCGUAUCAGAAGCAACAAGAUAAGGAAGCCCAAGAACAAAAAAAAAAUGUCCAUGGACGUGUCCAAAUUUACUCCAAGAAAGAAGAAGUAUUGGGGGGAUAA